AUGGGGAGGAAUAAGGAGAAAGAAAAUGUUGAAUGCCGCAUAAAUUCCCCAUUGCCAACAUCAAUGGCUGACUCAUCAAUUGGCCUGUUGAAACUCAUCUCGAUUUUGAUAAUUUUCGUGGUGGGUGUAGUUAUAGGAUUGGUCUCUAGCUCCAACAUCAACAGGUACUUCACAUUUCAAGAGGACAAGUUCGACUACAAGAACACGUAUUUUGACACCGAGCAGUUUAGCCAUGAUGGCCGGAAGAUAGUGGUGAAUUACGAGAGAGAUGCUUGCCUGAGCAUGGAUCGGUUCGUGAGGCCGAGAAGUCUGGAACACCAGUUGACGGAUGAUGAGUUGUUUUGGCGAGCCUCGCUCGUACCCCAAAAGAAAGAGUUUCCCUUCGAACGGGUCCCUAAAGUGGCAUUCAUGUUCCUCACACGAGGGCCGCUGCCCAUGUUGCCGUUGUGGGAUAGGUUCUUCAGUGGACAUGAUGUGGAGAAGUACUCGAUAUAUGUACAUGCUCUUCCCGGGUUUGAACUCAAAGUUGACAAUACGUCUGUUUUCUACAGGCGACAGAUCCCGAGCAAGCAUGUCGAGUGGGGAUCAGUCUCAUUGGUCGAUGCAGAAAAACGCCUUCUAGCAAACGCCCUUCUCGACUUCUCAAAUGACCGUUUUGUCCUCCUCUCGGAAAGCUGCAUCCCCAUCUACGACUUCCCAACCAUCUACAAAUACCUCACCGCCUCCAUCCACAGCUUCGUGGAGUCUUACGACGACCCGACCCGUUACGGGCGGGGCCGCUACAGCCGGCGCAUGAACCCCAAAAUCCACCUGUCCGACUGGCGCAAAGGAUCCCAGUGGUUUGAAAUGCACCGUGACUUGGCUGUCAAGAUAGUUGCCGACACAAGGUACUACACACUCUUCAAGAAGUACUGCAAGCCCUCCUGCUAUCCGGACGAGCAUUACAUUCCGACUUACAUAAAGAAAUUUCACGGUGAAUCGAACGCCAACCGGACUGUGACUUAUGUUGACUGGUCGCAGCUGGGCCCUCACCCGGCAACCUUCACGGCAAGUAAUAUUACAGAAUCGUUCUUGGAGUCGCUCAGGAAAAACGGCACGUCGUGCACGUAUAAUCAUGGGGAGACGGAUAUUUGCUAUCUUUUCGCGAGGAAGUUCGAUCCGAGUGCUUUAGAGCCUUUGCUGAAUCUGACAUCACAAGUUAUGGGAUUUUGA